CCUAUAUGUGCAUUACUUCAAUGCGAUAUCAUGUGCAGUGAUUCGUGACGAGUAUUACUUGGCUUGGGUCGGUACGUCACUAUCAGUGGAGAUAUAUAUAGGACACUACUAAACUGUUCUGUACUUGUUGGAGAGAUCCCUCUGUAGUAUUUGGACUUUUGUAGUACCGGUAGAUAUUCAUGUAAAGUUACCCAAAACAGCCUCAAGUUCAGCAGGUGCAUUAAUAUACACACUUGGUGACCUACAUGUAACUUGUAUUAUACUGGACAGUGACCAAGGGUCAUCUCAAAAUGAUAAUCUUUGCCCACUCUGCAAGGUUCUAGUGGGAAAUCAAAUUGGAUAUUGAAGCUCAAAUCUUGCACGCUUCAGAAAUUGCAUGAAGAUGGCAAAUAAUAAUUUUGCAAAGGACAUGCGCAUCAAUCUGGAUGAACCACGAUGGGAUCAAAGUACAUUUGUUGGUAGACUUAAAUACUUUUUUUGGGUAACAGAUCCUAGAGCUGUAUUUAAGACAAAUAAACAGCUUGAUGAUGCCAAGGAACUUGUAGCUCUCUAUAAGGAAGGCAAAGAGCCAGAGGGUACCACAGAAGAACAGAUAUGGUAUGCAAAGAAACUUACUUUAUCUGCCUUCCACCCUGACACAGGUGAGAGACAGAAUGUCAUAGGAAGAAUGUCAUUCCAAGUUCCUGGAGGCAUGUUAAUCACUGGAUGUCUGCUGCAGUUCUACAGAACCAGUGCUGCUGUGGUCUUCUGGCAGUGGGUAAAUCAGUCCUUUAAUGCAUUGGUUAAUUACACCAACAGAAAUGCUCAGGCCUCAAUCACUAACCAGCAGAUAGCUGUUGCAUAUGUGUCUGCUACCUCUUCUGCUGUAGUCACUGCUAUUGGACUCAAGACUUUUUUAUCUAAGAGAACUACAUCAACAUUGUUGCAGAGGUUUGUCCCGUUUGCUGCUGUAGCUGCCGCUAACAUGGUGAACAUUCCUCUUAUGAGACAGAGUGAGUUAAUAGAUGGAAUAGCAGUAUUUGAUGAGAAUGGGAAAAGGGUAUCAGAGUCAAGGUAUGGUGCAGCAAAGGGAAUCAGCCAGGUUGUGUUUUCUAGGAUUGCAAUGGCCACCCCUGGAAUGUUAUUAACGCCAGUCAUUAUGGAAAGAUUAGAAAAAUAUAGAUGGAUGCAGAGGAUUAAACCAGCCCAUGUUUUUAUACAAACAUUGAUAGUAGGAUGCUUCCUUCUUUUCAUGACACCAACUGCAUGUGCCUUAUUCCCACAGAAAUGCUCUAUCAAUCUAGAGAAAAUGAGGCUUGUAGACUCCAAGAAGUAUGAGGCUAUAAUGACAGGAUAUGGAGAUGCCCCACCGAAGAAACUAUACUUCAACAAAGGUUUAUAAAGCAUGCAACUGUUACACCUGUUGAUAUUUAUCCAGUCUUCCCAGUAAUUGAUUUAACUCUGUAGUUCAAAAUAUUGUAAUUUGCUCAAUAAUGUCGAAGCAGAUAAAUCAUAGCAUGCGACAUUCUGAUGAUGCUGACACCUGUAUUCACAGUGAUUAACUGAACACCAGAACCAAGAAAAGCAUCUGCACUGACAACAGAUUUUGGGGUUUUUUCCAGUUAACUGUGCAAUUGGAAUUUUGUGAAGGGUCCAACAUUAAAAUAGGUUCACAA